CCGGCGUCGUCUUCGAAAACGCCCGCUCCGCCUCGCCCCGCAGCUCCGGGCAGUGCGUUUCGAGAAAGUCAUCCCGACUCUCGGCGAGGAGCUCCACAAACCCAUAACCCCGCGACCGCGCGUAGGCCCGCUUCGAGCGGCUCGCGACGCGCGCGACGCGCGUGUAGUUGCCGUAGGCGCCGUGCGCGACGCAGUAGGCGUGCUUUUUUGGCGCGCUAAGGCUGCUGCGUCGCUUCGCUUCAUCGCGCCGUUGGCGGCGCGUCUCGUCGGCCGGCUGCGACGCCAGGACCAACGAAGCGAGCACCGCCAACCCUAACAGCAGAGCGCCGCGCACCCACCACCCCGAGUCGUUCUUUUGCCGCUGCCGCCGGAGCGGCGUCGCCUCGUCGUCGUCACUGUCCGGGCUGUCCGCCAGGGAGUCGUAGCGCGCUGCCAUGGCCGCGCGCGGGCGUGGCGCUUUAAGAGCGUCUCUGAAAUGGCCUCGGACGCGCCCGGCGCGGGCGUGGGCAGCCUCUGAGGGGGCGGGCGGCAGGCAGCUCCGAUGGCCUCUGAGAUCAUCAUCAAGUUGUGGUUUCUAUGAACCCGAACGAGUUGAGUUUUUUGCGAAGUGUUUGCCCUUGGUUUUGCAGCUUUCUUACUCGUCCGUCGGUUGGUAUCAGGGCUGCCAAGGGCUGGAGCCAUUUUUGGGCCAUAAUUUUGCUCUGCUGGCAGGGCUGCCGCCGCGCGCCGGCACUCGCAUCAUUAUGCAAGAAGACGACCCAACACCAUCCGAACCGCAUCGCUGGCGCAUCCAUGUGGCAGCGGUCGCGGUCCUCUACCUCAUAUGCACAUGGGCAGCUUGGCACACAGCCAUAGCCUGGGGCGGCCAUACCAUCACAUACACAACCAUGAUCAUCUGCGGCGCGGGCUGCCUCGCGGCGGCGGGCGAGGCGCUGCCGCAAGCAAAAUGGCCCCAGCGCGCGGCGGCGGCCCUCGCGCUGGCCCCGACGCUGCCGGUGAUCGUGCUGCCCAUCGGCGGGCUGCUGCUGCUGCAAUGCGUCGCGGCGGCGGCGCCGCUGCUCGCCGUUUCAUUCGUCUGCGACUACUAUCUAAAGUGGCCCUGGCGCGCGACCGCCACAACGCUCUACGUCAUCGCCCUGGUGGCGAACGUCGCGCGCGGCCCGGCGGACGUAGAGCGCCACGAAGCCAAGACCAUCCAAGUGCCGCGCCGGCCACCGAUUAACGAUGGAGGCGACUCCACGGACCUGCCCGACGAAAUAAAUACAAAACCGACGGUCUGCGUUAUUGGCGGUGGCAUGGCGGGCGUCGUCGCCGCGAAGGAGCUUCUACAGAGAGGCUGCGCCGUGACGCUGCUCGAGAAGGGUCCGGAGCUGGGCGGCGUCUGGCGCGAGGCCUGGGGUGGCACGCGGUCGACGUCGUCACUACUCAACACGUCGUUCUCGGACUUCAGUUUGCCGGCCUUCGUGGAGACGGUACGUAGUGAUAGGGGUGCGUACCCGCGCCACUUUUCGCGAGACGAGUACCGCUGUUAUUUGCGCGCGUACGCGGAGCGCUUUGGGGUGUUGGAGUGUGUGAUCUGCGAUGCCGAGGUCGUGACCGUGCGGAAAGCUGGAGAUGGGUACGAGGUCGGCUGGCUCGAGGGCCCGCGGGAUGUUGCCCAAUUGACAACACGUGAGACGUUUACGCAUGUAGUGGUCGCGACGGGCCUGGCGCACGCGAAAAAGCCUUUCGACGCGCCGGGACUGCAUACUUUCAAGGGCCGCGUCGUCACACACUAUGAGGGCAACCAAUCAUUCGAAAACGAGCGGGUCGUCGUCGUCGGCGCGGGCGAGACGGCCUCGGACGUCGCCGCGGACGUGUCCCGGACGGCGCGCGUCGUCCACGUGGUCAUGCGGUCGCCGACGUUCUGGCUGGCCCGCCACGCGCCCUUCUUCCCGCCGGACUACCUGGAAAUGCGGCUCCUGUUCAUGCUGCCGCGUCUCGUGCGGCUCGUCGUCUUCGCGCUGCCGCUCACAACGACGUGGCUGCUGGGGUACUUGACCGGUAUCGACCCGCCGGGCGCCGACACCUUCUCCCUGAAAUUCCUCGAGCUCCAUUUGAAGUCCCUGUUCUUCCACCCUCUCGUGAGGUCGCCUCUGGCCGCGCUGAGCAUGGGCAAGCGCAUCCAGGUCACGAAGGCAGCCUCUCAUGCAGCGUGCGACAAUUGCCGCGUCUGGCCCCAGGAUUUGCGAGGUUUUAUGGAAAAUGGCGUGAGGAUCGGUCAACAUGAAGUGCCUUGCGACUCUGUUGUGGUUGCGACGGGCUUCGAACCGUGUUACAAUUUUCUCCCGGACGCGUUCAAGACCCACGCGGUCCACGAGCGCUACUUGUUCACGUUCCACCCCGAGUUGGAGAACGUGGCCUUUGUGGGUUCCGUGCGAGGCGGCAUCGGCUCGAUCCCCGCUGGCGCCGAGAUGCAGGCGCGCUGGGCGGCGCUCGUAUUUACAGGCGAGCGGCGCCUUCCCUCAAAAAGCGCCAUGGAGGCCUGGAUCCGGAGCCACCACGAGCGGGGGCUCGCCAAGUUCCCGACCGAGGUCACGAUGGUCUUCGCCAACUACCUGGCGAGGCACCACGUCGGCUGCGAGCCGGACUUGAGGGCGGUGUUUCUUAGGUCGCCGCGGCGGUGGCUCCGCGUCGUCGCGUCGACGAUGGCGCCGGCGCAGUUCCGGUUCCGCGGGCCGGGCGCAUCCCCAGUUGUCGCCUCAGAUGAAUUUGAUCGGCACGGCGAGGUCGACGCGUCGCCGGGCACGUACCUCCAGGUCGCGCUCGCGCUGCUCGCGGCGCCGCUCUGGAGCCUGUAUCGCUUCGUGCCCGCGCCCGAGGCGCUCCGGCCGGCGCUGGACGUGUAUUAUUGAGUGUAAGUGUGUUUGAG